CCAGCACCACUAUGGGACCUGUGCUAUAAACACAUCCUUUAUUUUUCUUCGCGUUCGUUCCAUCACGUGUAGACCAACGUACGAUGUAGCUGAAGUAGACAAAUUUAGUCGUUCACUUUCAUACCCUCCUUCCGAUCUACGAAUAGAAUUUACGCUUUAGGCUUACGUCUUGCAACAUCUCGCCGGUUUGGCUUCACGGCCUAAGUUCCUGAAGGUAUGACCGACGCUGAACUUGUAUACUUUGCGAAGGCGGUGUCAAGAGUGCUCGGCUGGGUGUACUUCUUGUGCUGGUCUCUCUCAUUCUACCCCCAGCCUAUCCUUAACUGGAAACGAAAGUCUACGCAAGGGCUAGCCAUCGACUUUCCUACUAGCAACGUCCUCGGUUUCUUUGCAUAUACCGUGUCCACUGCGGCCUUCCUCUACUCAGCCACCAUACGCUCGCAAUAUGCGCAGAGGCAUCCCGCAGCGCCUGAGCCGACGGUCAGAUUCAACGACUUCCUCUUCGCUCUUCAUGGCUGCAUACUGUGCAUUGUGACCUACAGCCAGUUCUGGCCGCGUAUCUGGGGCUUCAAGGUCGGCGCAAGACAGAAGGCCAGUCGGCCCAUACUAGGAAUAUUUUGGGGCAGCAUACUCGGAGUUUUAGUCAUCAUCUUGAUCGUGACUAUCAAAGAGAGAGAUAAUGGGAAUGAUCCCAGCGGCUGGGCGUGGAUAGAAGUAAUCUACGCUAUUAGCUAUGUCAAGCUUGUCGUGACCGUCGUAAAGUACAUGCCGCAGGUGUAUGUAAACUACAAACGUAAGUCCACGGUUGGCUGGAGCAUUGGCCAAAUUCUCCUGGACUUUUCUGGCGGGAUAUUCUCCAUGGCGCAGCUCAUGAUCGACUCAUCGCUUCAGGCGGAUUGGAGCGGGCUAACGGGCAACCCCGUGAAGCUGGGCUUGAGCAACGUGAGCAUUUUCUUCGACAUCGUCUUCAUCACGCAGCACUACAUGCUGUAUCGUGCGCCGAAGACGGCCGUCGAGGACGACGAAGAAUGGCAGGAGCAGCAAGGCCUCUUGGCACACUCUCAUAGUUGAAGCAGAAAAGGGUCGGCGUUUCGCAACAGCUACCAGUAUGCAAACGUGUGACCUAUACGUAUGCUUGCGUACGCUUGUUUAGCACCGCCUGAGGGCCUCCAGUAUACUAUUGCUAUUCAUGAAAUACCACUUUUGGAAAGCCUGAUGGCUCUCCCGACCACCUCAAACGGUGUUGAACUGUUUGAGUGUGCCUCUUUUUCUCUGCCUAGCGUGGCAAUGUAAUAGCGAGCGGCAUAUAGCGCAGUGCAACCCUGCGAAUAGCAGAAUGUAACGGGCCGGAGGUGCCACGAGCACCGCGCCCAGAAAUGGACUCGAAGAUGGAC